AUGAUCAAGGAUAAACAGUGGGAAAUAGAGGCUAUCGAUGCUUCAGAUUCCUGUGUUUCAACUCCUGGCUUUGAUCAUCUAGAUGGUAUCACCAGUCUAAAGGAACUGAAACUCAAUUACUGUGCAUAUGUGAAUGACGACUGCUUAGCCAAGGUAGUUCAGUUUUGUCAGAAGACUUUGGAACGACUUGAAAUGGUGUGUUGCGGAACUGUAUCUGGGGCUGGCCUGCUCUACCUACAGUACCUUGACAAGUUGAAGUAUUUGAAUCUCUUCAAUCUACCGAUGGUCCAUCCGAAUGAACGACUCGUCGUGCUUGACGUUUACCGUAAAGCGUUUGGUAGCCGGUGCAAAAUCAUUUUCCCGCCUACCCCAACAGUUGCCAGUUGA